UGUGUGUGUUGAAGUUCAUAUCCUGUACAAAUGUAUUCGGACAUACAGAACAUACGCAAAUUUGUGUUUGUGAGGUUGCCUAUAUUACACCUGCGGUUGAGAAGUGGUCGCCACACGAUCGCCAUCAGGCGUGACUCAGUUUUGUAAACAUUACUUUAGCAAGUGCUAAUGUCUUCCAACAAAGAAAAUUAGUAUCGCCAUAGAUCAGUUCUUGUCCGAAGAUCUCAUAAAAGUUAUACGUAAACAAACAUCGACUGCCAUGGAAAAGGAACACAAAGAUUUAAUUAUCAACAAUUUUGAGUUCUUAGUGAACCUUUGCAAGUGUGAUCUUUUGUUAUCACACUUAAGACAUGUGAUUCCAAUGUCUCAAGAUGAGCAUGAUGAAUUAGAUGGUAUGACAGACAAGAAAAGACAAAACAGAGAAGUGCUCACAUUCCUAAUGAAUCGGGGUCCAACUGCAUAUGAUGCCUUUAUAAAUUCAUUAUCUGCAACAGAACAGUACACAGUAUUGAAUUGCUUGAAACCAGGUGCAUGUAAUGACAACCAUAUAGCACUUCAACAAAGAGCUCAACAGAGGUCUAAUAAAGUAUUUAUUGAGCCCCAGAACUUUUAUGAAGAACCAGUCAAUAUGGUUAAUAUGGCUGCACAGGAAAACAGGCUUGACAUUGUUGUUAAGCUAUCUAACAACUUCAACCAUGUAAAUGAGGCACGCCAGAAAGGAAUGCUAUUAUAUAACACUACAUCCAGAAACAGAGGCUUGGUGAAGAUUAUUAAUAUUGAUACAGUCACAGGCAUGAAAUACAGAGAAGGAUCACUAACUGAUGUUGACAAUUUGACCAGUUUAUUCACUCAAAUGGGAUUGAAAGUUGAAGUGCAUGAUAAUCAUUUAAAACCACCAACGGAAGCGAACAUUAAAAAAGCUGUCCAAGAAUUUGUUACUAAUCCGUAUUUAAAGACUGCCGACGUCGCCAUGUUGUUUCUUAUGAGUCAUGGUACCCAUGAUAAAGGUAAAGAUUACAUAUUUGACUGUGAUGCGGUGCCAGUCUACUUAAGAGACAUCGAGCACUUCUUCCACAAUGACAUAUGUGUUUACAUGCAAAACAAACCGAAAAUGAUGUUUGUACAAGCUUGCAGAGGCAAAUUUCCUGAUUACGGAACCCGUAGAAAAGUAGAGACUGACAGUCACGUACAUCAGAACGCAACUACAAACCAGGUCGAAAUUGACUACAUGCCGACUCGAUCGGACUUCCUUUUGGCUCAUUCAACUUGCGUUGGAACCGCUUCGCAUCGUGACACGUACGUAGGUACAUGGUUUAUCUACUUGAUCUGCAAAGUUUUUAUGACUCAUGCUCACAACACGGAUGUUGAGGAGAUGCUCAAACUUGUAUACGAGUCUUUGAAGGUUGAGCGCACCAGUGCCGGCGAAAUGCAGACAGGUGAACUUAUUAUUAGAACUUUCAGGCGGUGCUUCUUGAAUCCUGGUAUUUAUUGGGAAGGCAAUCAACUUAAACAUUUUUGAUUUAAUAUUUAAACCUAUAUAUUCAUUAUUUAUAGAUAAAUAUUUUAUUAUCGAUAUAUUUGAUAAAUUUUUUAUACGCAAUGAAACAAUGCUCUAAAAUCGGUAGUGAUAAAAUCUGCCCAGAAACCUAAACAGAUUAAUAAAUAUAAUUGAUAUGAGCUUAA